AUGAAUGCUCUUGCAGCCACCAACCGCAACUUUCGCCAUGCAGCUCGCAUUCUUGGUCUGGAUUCUAAGCUUGAAAAGAGCCUUUCUAUCCCUCUUAGAGAAAUCAAAGUUGAGUGCACCAUCCCAAAAGAUGAUGGCACUCUUGCUUCUUAUGUUGGAUUUAGAAUCCAACAUGACAAUGCUCGUGGCCCAAUGAAAGGCGGUGUUAGAUACCACCCUGAGGUUGACCCAGAUGAGGUGAAUGCUUUGGCUCAACUGAUGACAUGGAAGACAGCUGUGGCUGACAUUCCAUAUGGUGGAGCAAAGGGCGGGAUUGGCUGUGACCCAAGGGAGUUGAGUACAAGUGAAUUAGAACGCCUCACUCGUGUUUUCACUCAAAAAAUCCAUGAUCUUAUCGGAAUUCACAGGGACGUUCCUGCCCCGGACAUGGGGACUAAUUCACAGACAAUGGCAUGGAUUCUGGAUGAGUAUUCAAAGUUUCAUGGGCACUCACCUGCUGUUGUUACCGGAAAGCCAAUAGAUCUUGGUGGAUCAUUGGGCAGGGAUGCUGCGACCGGCCUUGGAGUGGUUUUCGCAACAGAUGCUUUACUGGCUGAAUAUGGAAAAUCAAUUUCUAAUAUGAAGUUUGCUAUCCAGGGUUUUGGAAAUGUGGGAGCUUGGGCUGCUAAGUUUAUCCAUGGGAAUGGGGGUAAGGUUAUUGCUGUCAGUGACAUAACUGGUGCCGUUAAAAAUCAAGAUGGUAUUGAUAUUCCAGCUCUGCUAAAGCAAAGAGAAAAUGCUCGAAGUUUGAAGGAUUUUGAAGGCGGAGAUGCUAUGGAUCCAAAUGAAUUGCUUUUUCAGGAAUGUGAUAUUCUCAUGCCAUGUGCGCUAGGUGGAGUUCUCAGCAAGGAAAAUGCUACUGAUGUGAAGGCAAAAUUCAUAAUCGAAGCUGCAAAUCACCCAACUGAUCCAGAAGCUGAUGAGAUUUUAUCCAAGAAAGGAGUUGUUGUUCUGCCUGACAUUUAUGCAAAUUCUGGCGGCGUGACUGUGAGUUACUUUGAAUGGGUUCAGAACAUUCAAGGAUUCAUGUGGGAUGAAGAGAAAGUGAACUGUGAGCUCAAGAAGUAUAUGAGCAGAGCUUUCCAAGACAUCAAGGCAAUGUGCCAAACUCAUAACUGCAAUCUCAGAAUGGGAGCCUUCACUCUUGGAGUUAAUCGUGUGGCACGUGCAACUCUUCUGAGGGGUUGGGAGUGA